UCAACAAAUACUCUCUCUCAUCUCACUCAAAGAAAAUUGUAAGAAGGGAAGCAACUCAUAAGAACUCAGAAUCAGAUCUCUCCUUUAUUCAGCAAAGAAAGUGUAAACACAACACUGAGACGGACGAAUGCUGGUACCCAACAACAACAACGCUUCCACAACACACAAAACGCCGUCGUAUGCAACACCCAGAUGAAGUGCAAAAAACAUACCUCAGACUUUAGCAGCACCGUCGGUGUCUGCGCCACCUGUCUCCGAGAACGCCUUAUAGCCCUCAUCGCAGCCCAGGCUCAGGCCCAAGCCCCGACACAAGCCCAAUUAACGCGAGUUCUCUCACGCGCCUCCGACGACUAUUCCAGAAACUCUGAUCCCAACCCUCCGCCUCCGUUAAUUUUCCCUCGCUCCGUCUCGCCUUACGUCUCUCGCCGGAAAUCCGACUACGCCGCCGCGUGGCGCGGCUGCGACGACCGCCGUGAGCGGCUGUUCUACAGCACUCCGCAGCUCGGCCCGAACUUCUACGGCGGCGAUUCCACGUACAACAGCAACGCGAAGUGGUUCAAGAAGCGUUUGAACAAGUUCAGGAUUUUCUCGAAGCUCUUCAGGUCCAGAUCGGAGAAGUUCCAAUCCGAUCCAUCGUGCGAACAGUCCUCAUCGGAAUCGCCGUCGUGGUUCUCGACGAUUUUCCCUACACGCCGGAAGAACAAGGAUCGGACCGGAAUGACCGAGGAUUCUUCCGUCGGAACACGGCAGCGAUACCGGUCGACGGAUCGGGGAAUGUCGCCGGUGAGAGCAGAGGAUUUCGCCGACGAAUGCGAUCAGUCGCCGUCUGUCAGCGGAUACUUGUCGGAGUCUUCUCCGUGGUGGCGGAGAACGCCGACGGUGGCGCCUUCGGCGCGGCGUUCCCGGCUAGGGCAUGGAAAGAGCAUGUCAGGUUCGGGUAUGGCUCUUUGCCUGAGUCCUUUGGUUCGGGCCAGUCCGAACCGGAGGUGGAACCACAAGGGAUUGCCUCCGGAGAUGGCUGCUGCGGCGGAGGUUAGGGCCGCGGCGGCGAAGCCUCAUCUCUCCGCAGCGGCGUCGUUUUGCGCGAACCGUUCGAGGAAGCUUGCUGAUUUUGGACGAGUCAACCAGAACCGUUGAUUUUAUUGACCUUUUACAUGACCCGGUGAUUUUCAUUUUUCUUCUAUUUGUUUCGGUUUUGGUGCAAAUUCUUAAUUUCAUUUCAGCGUAAAGGGAAAACAAAUUAAAAAGAAAAACAUUUUUUUAGGAGGGCUUUGAAUUCCCUUUGUACACAAAUUUGUUCACUAUAUGAAACACAAAGUCUAGUUUUUUUUUUUUUUUGUAUUUUUAUUUCUACAGAUAUAGUUGACAUUGAUGUGAUUUAUUACAUAUUUCUUGCUAUGUUACAUUGACUUUAAUUUAGUUGUUACUCAAAUUUGUAUUAUAUUAUUUUU